AUGGUGAAACAGAGGAUCGAGAAGUCUCAAGGUAUCCCUGUUCCCAAACAAACCCUUUUCUUCCAAGGCAAGUAUCUUCAUGACCACUUUGAGAUACGAUUAUGGCAUGUCGGAGACAACUCUCUUCUCUUUCUCUACGUCUCUCCUGACGAGAUGCCUAAUCAGAAGAACAACGAUCAAACCAAGCAAUCUCCAUCAAAGCCAGUUGAUGGGUUCGUUAACAAACCAUUCCACAAGAUCACGGCGACGAGAAUCGACAACGGAUCAUCACGACCGUCUUAUUCACUUGAUGAGUUACUUGCCCCUCACGUCUCAAGAUUUGUGACGGUUGGAACUGGAAGCAGCACAAGAAUCAGAAAUCAAGAAGUGGUUCAAACCAAGAAAUGUUCAUCGUCAGACUCAGUCAAAGAGGCCGUCAUCAACAUUACUGCAGAUUGGCCUUUGAGGAAGAAGAGAAAGAUCAUCCCGUCGAUAAGGAUGACAGUAUUUGUGAAGACAGUUGACGAGACCAGGAUGAUUCCAGUGGAGGUUAACGCAAAUGAUAAGAACUGA